AUGCCUCUCAUACCAAAAUCACAGAAAUGCUUGAUUCUUGAUAGACCUAAUCAGCAUGCCCCAAUUUUGUCUUCUGUUAAUAAACGCUCAUGGGGUGCAAUGAGUGUUCCUAGUGUGGCCAGCUCUUUCACCUCUGUAAAUUCUAUAGUUUCUGGAUCAACAACAGAGGCCGAUACAGAUUUUGGUAAAGGCCCAGUGAACCUUUUAGAGAGCUUCGAUAGCUAUCCUGAGGGUUAA